UGUUGAUAACCAAAAAAUUUAUUGGAUAUGUUUAUGCCAAAUUAGAAUUAUAAGUUAGAGGUUAUGAGAGUAUAUUUUAAAAUUUUAUUUUACGAGAGUAAUUAAUAUAUAACCAUUUUAUAAAUUUAUACAUAAAAUAACCAUCUAAAGUGAAUUUAGAGAACAUUUAUUUAUAAAAUUAUAUUCUACAAAUGAAUAUUAAAAAGUGAUUACAUUAAAAUUAAUUUUUAAAAUCAUUUUAAAGAGCAGUUAUUAAUGAAACUGUUCUGCAACGACUGCAAGUAAAAAUUAGAUAUGAGUUUCAAUAUUUUGCUUUAUAUACAGUUGAUUCUUAUAAACAAUUCAAUAUGAUUGAAAAAGAAAAGGAGAAUUAGAACAUGCUUGUUUUUUUAAAAAAAUAAAUUUUUUAAAAGCAAAAAAAUAUAUUUCUUUUUUGUAUAUUUAUAAUUUUUUUAAUACGAGGACUAAUUUAAAAAGUAACAUCAAAAUAUAAAACUAAAAAAAGUGUUCAACCAAAAAUAAAUAUCUGUUUUUCUUGUCAAUUGUUUUUUCCAUAAUAGAAAAAGUGAAUUAUUUGGGGCACAUGAAGUGUAUUCUAUGUCCUCCCACCCCUCUUUUUCCAUAAAUAAAAGGAUAAUUACUUUGUUUGAACCUUCUAUAUUUAUCAAUGGUUGAUUAACUUAUACACAAGAUAUUUUUUUCAUUACGAUUUACGGAAAAGUUGUUUGAUUCAUAAUUGGUAAGUAUGCCUGAUGGCUAAUGAAGUGAAUAUAUUCUGUAAUUUGAUAUCUAUGAUCUUUUUGUUUCCUCCAGUAAUUUAACUGUAACCCCUGCUGAGGCACCAACUAAAUUACAAAAAAAUCCUUUGGUUCUAAGGACAAAUUUUAUUUGCUUCAUUUAUUCAAAAAAGAUUUUGAAAUCAAACUUUGUGGAUGAUUUUUUUUCACUAAGAAUACUAAUUCCACUGUACUGAAGACGUUCUUAGAGGGAAAAUGAUCACUGUUUUUGAAAAAUACCGGUGACAAGACUAAAAAAAUUCUAUUUUUCUUUUAUGAAAAUGCAACUUGUUUUGUUCUAUUUUCUUCGUUUUGAAGAAAUUAGCCAAUGAGAAGGGCAUUCACCAAAGAGAGGCAAAAUUUGUAUUGUAGUGUUGAAGACAUGGCAUGGUGUGUGACUGAGAGAGACCACAUCACACACCUCAGAAGGAAUCCAUUUAAAGCGGGUAAUAAAAUGUUAACAAACGUAGUUUGCCAAACACGGAAAAGUCCAAAACAAUAUAAAAGCCCUAUGCUGUCCCCAACUUGUUUAUAACCCCCAUGAGGGCCAUCAAAGAGGACCAGCACUUCCUUUGCAUCACUAUCUCCCUUUGUAUUAUGUACUUAGUGCCUGUGUUAUAUGAUCAAAUAAAACCCAUAAUUACACCAACCUAUCCACCACACCUUUCUGAAUUCUAUUUACACCAAAGUUGAACCAAACCACAUAGAAAUAAGAGGUAGAUAGCAUUUAAGAAACCAAAUGGAAAUUGAAGAAGACCUUUCUCUCUCUGGUGCUUUAAUCCAUAGCCUAGUGAAACAACUAACAACCUAAAAAACCAAAAGACACCAUGAACACCAAAGACUCAGGUUGUGGUGUUGUUAAUGGCAAUGUUUCCUCAAGUGGAAAUCUAAGAAAACAUGCCAAAGUUCUAGGCAACCGUCAAGCUCAACAACUUACCCAACAACAACCACACAAAAAGCAGGUUAGAAGAAGACUCCACACUAGUAGGCCUUAUCAAGAAAGACUUCUGAAUAUGGCAGAGGCAAGGAGGGAAAUUGUCACUGCCUUGAAAUACCACAGGGCAGCCAUGAAACAAGCCAGUGAGGAGCAGCAUCAACAACAUCAACAUCAUCAACAAAAACAACAAUCACUUUCCUUGCAGCCUUACCAUGUCUCAAGUUCUGAGCAAGAUGGAAGAUUCAAGUCUAGUAGAAAUCCAAGGAUAUACCCAUCAUGCACAACAAAAUUUUCAAACUACAAGGAUGACUUCUCCUAUUCAUCCUUUAGCCCUCCUCCUCCUUCAGCUCCAAACUCUCAUACUUGCCCUUUUACUUUCCCAUUUCCUCAUCCAACCCCUGUAGCUGAAAAUCCCAAUUUCACACUUCCAAAUCAGACCUUGGGAUUGAACCUUAAUUUACAUCAUUUCAACAAUUUAGAAGAUACCCUUUUCCUUAACAACAAUAACAACUCAUCAUUGAGCUCUUACACAUCUCCAUCAUCAUCUUCUCCUCCACCUUCUGUAUCAACUGAUCAAGAAGCUCCUUCUUUUAGAAUAUCACAAGGGGAAGGAGUUUCCUCGGUGGUUGACCCAAUUGAAUCCAAUGCUUCAGCCAAUGCUAGUGGAGGCUUGCACACAGCCAUGGAUGAUGAGGGAAUGGCAGAGAUCAGAUCAAUAGGAGAACAAUAUGAAAUGGAAUGGAGCGACACUAUGAGUUUGGUCACAUCAACUUGGUGGUUCAAUUUCUCGAAGAACAUGGAAAAUGAUGCACAUGAAGUCCAUAAUGAAGAUGGUGCAUAUCUCUUUGAUGGACUACGAGAAUUUCCAGCUUGGUUGAAUAAUGCAAACGAGAGCUUGUGCUUCGAGGAUUGCUUCCAAGAUCCUACCUUAACUUGGUAAGUUCAACAUAUAUGAAGUUUCAUGAUUUUUGAAAAUGAAAUUUUGUUAGUAAGGAAGUGCUUUUUGUUUGUACUUUGUACUGCUUGUCAAGUACAAUGAAGAAGACAGUGCAUGUAGUUAAUUUGUUCAAGUCUUCUCGUAACAUAUCGAAAGAAAUUUAAUUUGGUGUCAUAUAUCUUUUUGUUUGUUACACUUCAAGCGAUUCCAUCUUUCCUUCUGCAGCCUUAGAAGAUUUAACUUGGUUUUUAUCUUCCUUAAAUUCUUGGGAAUUUGGUGACUACUACUC